CAUAGGUUAAAGGCUAUACACGCUGCUCUACAUGUGUUGUUGUUUUGUCAUGCAUUGGUUGAAAUAAAGUGCAGUAACAUGGGGAAGAAUAAGAAGAGCAAAACCAACGAAUCAGGAAAACAAGCGAACAAGACCGGUAAACAUCCAAGUGAUACUAAGCUCAAACGAGAUGAUAAACCCAAGAAAGCCAAACAACAGGACCACCUCAAACACAUCCCCUUCAGGCUCCGAGAGAUAAUGAAGAGCAAGGAGAGAAUGAAAACGGGACCUUUGAGAUCCAAAAAGCUAAAAGAGGCCCCCUCCCCUAAAAGUAAGCCAGAGGAGGAAUCCAAGGAUGGAGACAUACCUGUGCCACAUUUCAGGAGGGGAAAGGACGAAAGUGAGAAAGCAUACCUGCAGCGCAUGGAGAGGGAGACAAAACAUGUCCUCUUCCUCACCAAGAACCAAGUAGACAGAAAGCCUGAGCUGGGUGCAGACAAGGGCAAGUCCGAGAAAAAGAAGGAGUAUGAUAAAGUGAGAUUACAGAGGCUACAGCAGAAAAAGUUGAACAGACAAGAGGACAUGAUGGAAAAAGAGAUGUUCGUAGAUCAUGUUCCCUUUGGGGAAGUUUCAAUGGCCCCGCCGUCUUUGAGCACCAAACCCAGGAAAGCUCAGGUCAAAUCUCAGAAGGCUUCAAAGGACCUGCUUCUGAACUCUCUCCUAGGCCACACAAUGGCCUCCACAGCCAAGCCCUCCAUGGCCAGACAGAGAAUCAUGGAGGAAGAGAGGGAGCGAGCAGUGGAGGCCUAUCGUCAUCUGAAGAAACAGAAGCAGCAGCAGCACGAAGCCAGGACUGCCAGUCUGAAAAAACUCAAGACCCCUCAGUGAUGUCUCCUGUCAUUCAACUCAGAGAAUUACAAUUCCUCAACUACAGUCAGUGUGAAAGAUUGCAGUGAAAAUUGAUGUUCAGAAACUGAGACAGAUCAUAAGAUAAACAUCAGCAGACUGUAUGUGUGUUACGUAACUCUGGAUCUGAUAUGCCUGUGGGGGAACCUACCACACUGUAGCUAACUGUCAGGGAAAGGGGCAAACAUUUGCAUCCACAGACCAAAGAUGAGGUAAGUUAAACUACAUUCACCUGCCACUUUCAUGAUCUCAUGUUUAGUGCAAAAGAGAAGUGGACAUUAUAAUGAUAAGUUUAACUCAUCACACCCAACUACCAUGAAUUACAUACAGACAGGUUCCCUGUUGUUGAUUUCUCAUCCUGUGUAACUGUAACUGUGUUGGAUGUUAACUAGCAAAUGUUCAUUUAUAUUUACUGUUUUCAUUUUUCCAUCUUAUAAGAUAGUAGGUAAUUACUAUGACAUCAUUUGUGAUGUCAUUGACAAUAAAACGAUCUCAUCAAAUUAUCUGAAGGCAAAUAUAAACCUCUGAUUGGUUUCUAUAGGUCCACUAGAUGGCAGUCCUCCUGUAGAGAGCUGGUUCCAUGGUUGUAUAGAGGACUCACAGAAUUAACUCACUCACUGAAUUAUUUUGGACCUUUUUUAAUGUAAAAAUAUAUUUUUGGUGGUACACUGUGCCAUAUUACAUAUGUUGGUUUAUGGCUAGUUUAUGUGUGUAUUCAAUGAGUGAAACUGAGAGCAAUUUAUUACAGUAAAUAUAAAUAAAUAAAGUUAAAACAGUCUAGCCAUGAGGUCUAUUUGAUAACUAUUCUGGAGCUUUUGAUCGUAUCACAUGAUCAUCAUCAGCAAAUAGAAUUUGUCCAUUUGUCAAAUUCCCAGAGUACCUAAAAGUGUUUCUCAUCCAGUAGUAGUUGAAAGGUGCUACACAAAUACACGUGUCUUGCCCUUUCUUGCCUGCUGUUUCCAGGGUAAACUCUGAACUUCAACAAUAAGAAUAAUGUAAACGUUUGGGGAGACAAAAUGCAAAAACUGGUUAUACCUUGUUUCCCUUUGUACCUCUCUGAGAGCCUGAGUCCUGGGAUAAAUAAAUCACAUCAGCCUUUUUAAAUGGGAUAUACUUAUUAGAGCCUGGCACGGCUAUUUACAUUUCUAAUCCCUAAAAGGUUUACCCUCAUGAACAAGGCCUUUGUUUAAAUAUUGGCCUCUGGGACAAACUGUACAAAUUCAGUUCAGUUCAGUGUUGUUUGACAAGUUGAUCUUUCAAAGCAUCCUAGAUCCAAAAGCAAGUAUUACAAUGGUAAUGUUUUUGCAAUAGUGAUCUGUUGAAUAAUAUCACCAGAUGGCAUUACCUAGUAAUACUAAAUGCCUGUUGUCUGGUCUAUGGGUUCACAGUCAUUUCUGUUUGUUCAGGUUAACCUGUAAAAACCUCUUUUUUUUUCUUUCGUCAGUGUUUGUCCUCUGAAGGUUGUCACAGUGACAAGAAAAUGCA